UUUCGUCGCAUUCUGCUGCGCGGGAGGAGAGCGGACGACGGUGGGGGGCGGGAGAGGUUGAGGGAUCGGCGGUGGAGAGCACAUGCUGGGGCUGCUCAAGGUGCGGGUGCUGCGGGGUGUGAACCUCGCCGUACGGGACUUGCGGAGCAGCGACCCCUAUGUCAUCCUCAAGAUGGGCAAACAGAAACUGAAGACUCGGGUGAUAAAGCGUAAUACUAAUCCCAUUUGGAAUGAGGAGCUGACACUUUCUGUUGAAGAUCCUGCCCUUCCAGUGAGACUUGAGGUGUAUGACAAGGACACAUUCAGCCUGGACGAUCCUAUGGGCAAUGCUGAGUUUGACAUACGUCCAUUUGUGGAAGCUGUGAGGAUGAACUUGCAAGGCGUUCCAAAUGGCACCAUGAUAACAAAGGUGGCGCCGAGCAGGCAAAACUGCUUGGCCGACGAGAGUGCCAUAUACUGGUCAGAUGGCAAGGUGCUUCAGGACCUCGUCCUUCGCCUUAAAGAUGUCGAACGCGGUGAAGUGGAACUGCAGCUGCAAUGGGUCAGCAUUCCAGGCGCCAGCGGCCUCUAACUAUUUGGAGCAUCGUCGAUCUUGUGCACCUGCCUUGACAUAUCCUGUUUGUUUAUAAGUCUUAAGAGGAAACUUGUAUCAUGUAUGUGAGUCGUCUAUACGUGUAUAACUAGAAUCAGAUGCUGCGGCAUCUACCACUACCACCAGAACAGGCAGCUGAGUCGAAGUUCAGCUUAUUUUGCACCGCACCUUGUCGUUUUAACUCUUGCUAUCAAUUAAAAUGGAUCUAUUAUUGUGUUUUA